AUGGAACUAAGUGAAGUCGAUUAUUCAUUAUUAUCGAGUCCGUAUGAUAGUUUUAUGAGAAAACAUCUUCAACAUUAUGGUUAUUUUACUGGUCGUGCUGAAAUAAUAAAAAAAUACGGUUUUCUUCCAUCGAAAUCAGAACUUCUUUCAUCGUCAGGUGAUUCAGAAUCAAGUAGCAGUGAAGAAGAACAAGAAAUUUAUACUCGAAUCAGAUAUCGUACUUCAUUAAAUCGCUUAAUUCGAACUGAACUUAGACCUAGACCGUUUAUAUCCGAUGUGAAAUUACCUCUUCGACAAGCUCGAAUUCCGUUCGGAUUGAAUCCUCGAGGUGCAUCGAAUGAUGACUCGUCAUUUGAACCUCGAUGGCCGAUCGAGAUUGAAGUCUUGAAUGAACCACGAAUUCGACAUAUUAACGUUCCACCAAUCCACCCAGAACUCUUUUAUAAACCAACUACUGAUCACGGACCAUACGUACGAAGUUUCGAUGAGAACAAUGGACGUACUGUUUUUAAUUAUAAUCCUGAGACAUGUGGUUAUUUUGUACGAUCUCGAAUUGGUGGUAAUCGAGAAGGCUGUCGAUCAGCUGCUGUUCCACUACAGGGUGAUGUUGAUACAACUGUUCUGUUUGAAUCACGUUUCGAAAGUGGAAAUUUAAUGAAAGCUGUGCAAGUUGGUGAAUUUGAUUAUGAGCUCUAUCUUCGAUACGAUCUUUACACAAAACGAAAUACUCAAUGGUAUUAUUUUCGAUUACAAAAUGUUCAAGUCGAUCAAAGAUAUCGUUUUACUAUUGUUAACUUUUUUAAAUCGACAAGCUUGUAUAGUGCUGGUAUGAGACCAUUGAUGUAUAGUGUGCAAGAUGCCGAGACGAAAGGUAUCGGUUGGCGACGAUGGGGUGAAGAGAUUGUUUACUAUAAAAAUAAUUUGCUCGCGCCGGACAAUGCGACGAACAUGUAUUCACUUACUUGGACAUGUAAAUUUCCAAAUAAUAACGACACAUAUUACUUUGCUCAUUGUUAUCCAUACACCUAUUCUGAUUUACAAGAUUAUUUAAAUGAAAUUCAAAACGAUCGGUCUAAGAGUGAUUAUUGUAAACAAAAAGUUCUUUGUCGAACAUUAGCUGGGAAUUUCAUCUACAUGUUAACAAUAACCAAUCCAGUACCACUCCAGACCAAUCCCACAAACACGAGCACACCUAGUGAACAUCAAGUUAAGAAAGGCGUUGUUGUUACUGCACGUGUUCAUCCAGGUGAAACCAAUGGAUCAUGGAUGAUGAAAGGUUUAUUAGAUUUUCUACUUGGAGAUUCGGCUGAUGCCAAACUUUUACGUGAUAAUUUUAUAUUUAAAAUCAUUCCUAUGCUCAAUCCCGACGGUGUUAUUGUUGGAAAUUAUCGUUGUUCAUUAGCUGGUCGUGAUCUAAAUCGAAACUAUAAAACUGUUCUCAAAGAUGCUUAUCCAUCGAUCUGGCACACGAGAGAAAUGAUUAAACGAUUUAUGACUGAAACUGAGCUUGUUCUCUAUUGUGAUUUUCAUGGUCAUUCAAGAAAACAAAAUGUUUUCGUUUAUGGUUGUGAAAACAAACAUCUACCAAAUGAAAGAUUGAAAGAAAGAAUCUUUCCAGCAAUGUUAGCAAAGAAUGAUCCUUCCAAAUUCUCGUACGAUUCGUGUAAAUUCAAAGUACAGAAAGCUAAAGAAGGAACCGGAAGAAUCGUCAUGUGGUCAAUGGGUGUUAUGAAUAGUUAUACAUUAGAAGCGACGUUUUGCGGGUCUACUCAAGGUGAUCGUGUCGGUCAACAUUUCACUACGAAGGAUUUAGAAUCGAUUGGUUAUCAUUUUCUCGAUUCGUUGUUAGAUUAUUGUGAUCCAGAUGAAACAAAACGCAAUCGAAUGUUGCAUGAGCUAGAAGAUAAUCUACGACAAUCAAUACAAAUGAAACUUUUAGCACGUGGGAUAAAUCCAUCAUCAUUAGGAGAUAUUGAUCUCGAUCAAUUCUCAUCCGAUGGUGAUUCCAGUGAUGAUGAUGGUUCGGAUUCAUCAGCCGACGAUGGUUUACCAAAGCAUCUAGAAGUUAUCGCUGCAGCCAAACUUCGAUUGAAAAAGUCCGGGAAGAAAGUCACGCCGACGAAACCAAUUAAAGAAAUAAAGAAAAAAGACGAAAUUGACAAAGAAAGUUCUGCUAAAACUAAAUCCACUGGUUUACCUGUGCCCAAACCUCGUGCAUCUCAAUUUCCGAACAUCACGGAAGGUGAUACUACACAACGGAAAAGGCGACGAAAGCGUGGCUAUCAAAAUUAUCGCGUUUGCAAAUGCGUUGCCUGUCUAAAUGCACGACUACCACGCACUGAAAUACCAUUGAUCACUGAGGUCGUCAAACCGCGAACAGCGAUGUCCGCUCGUCGACUACAUACGUGUAAUACUGAGCCCGUUCGAUUGGAAGGUUCAAGUAGUACUGCAGCAAUGCCUCGAUCUACUCGUUGUCCAACAUUAACUCCAACCUCAAUUCCAAGCAAUCGUGUAGCGACGGCCGACGAAAAAGCGCGACGAUCUCAGCAAAUAUUCAAAGCUAAUCACGGUGAUCCAGUUCGUUAUUCAGCUUGUCAAACAGCUGAUCUUCAUGAGUUAACCUUGAUUAAUGAAUCUCGGAACGCAUUCACAACAACUUAUUUACUUCGACGAUUGAAUAAUCCUGAACGUGAUUCACUUAAUGGAACAAAUGUCUCUCCAACAACCCAACCGCCGCGAAUACCAUCGUCAUUUGCUGAUGAAGAUGCUAGUUAUCCAUUAACAACAGACAAUGAAACAGAUUUGGAUAGAAGUCGAACUACAGUAUUGACUCACAAUGAUGAUACAGGACAAAUUAGUAGUGCUUUCGUCACAAAUCGUGUAUCUUCACAGUUACAAGAACGACUGAUUGGCUCAUCGCGACGUUCAAGAUCAACAACAAGUUUCUUGCAAAAUCGAUCGCCUGUCGACGCUCCUGCACCAAAUCCGAAACGUUUCACUGAUCUCCAGCAGCAACAGAAACAACGAGCAACAUUGCUAUUCAACAGACAAGAUGAACGAAGAUCACGAGAUUCGUUAAACAAUGACGACAAUUUAUCUUCAGUGUCCAAGCAAAUUCCUUUCCAAGUCGACGAAAUGUCUUUGAAUCGACCACAGUUGACCAGAUCAUCAAGUGUGAAAAAAUCUUCGAAAUGA